CUUGGUUUUGAGUGUCUGAUACUAGUUGUCGUACACUGAUACUACGCCUGUUAGCUAAAAGCUAAUUGUGCUGGCGGGUUUCAUUUUUGAGUCGUUGACUUUUUGGGAGGUGGUAACCGGGACGGGCGGUGCACUUACUUGUAGUUUCUCAGUGAAAAGGAAUCGGUAAUUUCCCACCCACUCGACUCAUACGGAGUGUGUAACCGAGCGUUUCCCAUGUGCCAUGCGUUACAUGGUGAACCUACUAUGUUGGAAAAGACUUGGAGCUUGCAGCUGUACACGUAGUUUUGAAAUAUGGUCAUCUUUAAGUUUUUGUCAUGUUCAUAAACCACUAGCUAUACGCGUUUAUCGUUUAUCUGCGUCCCUGUUAAUUACUUCGUCAACAGGCACUGGGAUCCACGUUGUAGAGCAAAGACAUUGAGGUUUCUCCGUUGUUUUGAAAGAGCACAAUGAUGAAAUACAUCCUGGUAACUGGAGGAGUCAUCUCUGGUAUUGGCAAAGGCAUUAUUGCUAGCAGUGUGGGCACAAUCCUGAAAUCAUGCGGCCUGCAUGUAACUGCCAUCAAGAUCGACCCUUACAUCAACAUAGAUGCGGGCACAUUUUCACCCUAUGAGCAUGGGGAAGUGUUCGUGCUGGAUGAUGGGGGUGAAGUGGACUUGGACCUUGGGAACUACGAACGCUUCCUCGACAUCCGUCUGACCAGAGACAACAACCUGACCACCGGCAAGAUCUAUCAGUCAGUCAUCAACAAAGAGAGGAGGGGAGACUACCUGGGCAAGACUGUGCAGGUGGUGCCACACAUCACAGAUGCCAUCCAGGAAUGGGUUGUGAAGCAGGCCAAAGUACCCGUUGAUGAUGAUGUAGAACCUCAAGUUUGUGUAAUAGAGUUGGGAGGCACUGUUGGAGACAUAGAGAGUAUGCCUUUCAUCGAGGCCUUCAGACAGUUCCAGUUUAAAGUGAAGAGAGAGAACUUCUGCAACAUUCACGUCAGUCUGAUACCACAGCCCAGUGCAACAGGAGAGCAAAAGACCAAACCAACCCAGAACAGUGUAAGAGAGCUGAGAGGGCUGGGUUUGUCCCCUGAUCUGAUCAUGUGUCGUUGCUCCACAGCGCUGGAGAACUCUGUCAAAGAAAAGAUCUCCAUGUUCUGCCAUGUAGAACCCGAACAGGUCAUCUGUGUGCACGACGUGUCGUCCAUCUACAGAGUACCGUUGCUGCUUGAGAGUCAGGGCGUGGUGGGCUAUCUGAGCAGGAGACUCAACAUGCCCAUAGAGGCCCGACCCAGGAAGAUGCUGACCAAAUGGAAGGAGAUGUCUGACAGGUCAGACAGACUGUUGGAGACCUGCUCUAUAGCACUGGUUGGGAAGUACACCAAGUUUUCUGACUCUUAUGCUUCUGUCAUUAAGGCACUGGAGCACUCAGCGCUGGCCAUUAGCCAUAAAUUGGAGGUUAAGUAUAUCGACUCUGCGUAUUUGGAGCCGAGCACUCUGCAGGAGGAACCAGUGAAAUAUCACGAGGCAUGGCAGAAACUCUGCAGCGCUGAUGGCAUCCUGGUGCCAGGAGGUUUCGGUGUCAGAGGAACUGAGGGAAAGAUCCAUGCCAUCAGCUGGGCCAGGAACCAGAAAAAACCUUUUCUGGGUGUGUGUCUUGGAAUGCAGUUGGCCGUGUGUGAAUUUGCCAGGAACAUGCUCGGCUGGGAAGAUGCCAACUCAACUGAAUUUGACCCAGAUUCAAAGCACCCAGUGGUCAUCGAUAUGCCGGAACACAAUCCCGGGCAGAUGGGCGGAACCAUGAGGCUCGGGAAGAGACGGACCAUUUUCAAGUCUCACCACAGCAUUUUACGCAGACUUUACGGAGAUGCAGAAUACGUGGACGAAAGGCACAGACAUCGCUUUGAGGUCAAUCCUGAGCUCAAGGGUCACUUUGAAGAGAAGGGUUUCCGCUUUGUAGGUCAGGACGUUGAGGGGGAAAGAAUGGAGGUCAUAGAGCUGGAUGACCAUCCUUAUUUUGUCGGAGUGCAGUACCACCCUGAGUUCACCUCUCGACCCAUCAAGCCUUCACCUCCCUAUCUUGGAUUGUUGCUGGCAUCUGCUGGGAAGCUGCAGAGCUACUUACAGAAGGGCUGCCGCCUUUCUCCGCGGGAUACAUACAGUGAUCGGAGCGGCAGCAGCAGCCCAGACUCUGAGAUAUCAGAGUUGAAAUUACCUUCUAUCUCAAAUGAAUGAGGUACACUGUACUGAAAAUAUUUAAUACUGAUGUUUGCAAAUAACUACAAAUUGUACAGAUGUAACCCCUUCUUGCUGGUGUUGCUGAUAGUUCUGAAUUUACUGGGAAGUGGAUUAUGGACUCAUUAUUGCACUGAUUGAGGCCAAUUUUGUGUUUGGAACUCUUGUCUUGUAAUGAACUACUUUACUGAAACAUCUUCUAUAGCCUCUUGGUAAUAUGUAGAGCUGAUACAAGAUUAUCCUUUUGUCAAAGUUGGGUUCUUGAAUGGGGUCCAGACCAAAAAGGGAAAUGAUUCUUCAUUCCAAUACCAUUAACUCACAAGAAAUAAACCAUUUAAUAGCUAAUCUUGUCAUCUUGAGAGUUUGCUCCAUCAUUUUAUAGGUCACUGAUGUUUUGAGGGCCUGUGUUUUGUAUCUUGUGGCCUUACUGUAAAUAUUUACUGGCACAGAUUUGGAGGUUUAUUCAAAACAUGCAAGUUAUUCAAAUGAUGUAAAAGAUGAAUAAAUGAAUUCAAAGACA